UUUAGUGAAAAAUCCCUGCUGGUCUGCAAAAGGAGAAAUGGACACUGCAGGUGAACCUUUGCUUCAGCGCUGCCUUUCCUGCCUCAGAACACCUGGAAGGCAGAGGGAAGGUGACACAGGGAAUCUGAGGGAAUCUGGAGGGAAAACCCCAAACAAAGGUGUUGUUUUGUGUUGUGCUCCCCGCAGCUCCGUGCUGACCGUGGCCUGUGAACAGACCGAGGUGCUGCUCUUUGACCCGAUCUCCUCGAAGCACAUCAAGACCCUCUCUGAGGCUCACGAGGACUGUGUCAACAACAUCAGGUUCCUGGAUAACCGGCUGUUCGCCACGUGCUCCGACGACACCACCAUCGCGCUCUGGGACCUGAGGAAGCUCAACAGCAAGGUGUGCACGCUGCACGGCCACACCAGCUGGGUCAAGAACAUCGAGUACGACACCAACACCAGGCUGCUGGUCACCUCGGGCUUCGACGGCAACGUCAUCAUCUGGGACACCAACAGGUGCACGGAGGAUGGAUGUCCCCACAAGAAGUUUUUCCACACCCGUUUUCUGAUGCGAAUGAGGCUGACUCCAGACUGUUCCAAAAUGCUGAUCUCCACCUCCUCUGGUUACCUUCUGAUUUUGCACGGCCUUGACCUAAACAAGUCUUUGGAGGUUGGCAGCUACCCGAUUUUACGAGCCAGGAGGACCACGUCGAGCUCAGACAUAACGUCGUCGGGCUCCUCUGGCCCUCGAGCUGCGGGCUCGCCCUGUCACCAGAACAACUCUGGGCCGCCCUCUGAGAAAACCUUGUCACGGCCCUCCCAGCGAGAAGGGGGAUCCCCUAGGAAUAGCCUUGAGGUGUUGACACCAGAGGUUCCUGGAGAAAGAGACCGUGGGAACUGCAUCACGUCGCUGCAGCUGCACCCCAAGGGCUGGGCCACGCUGCUGCGCUGCUCCAGCAACACAGAUGACCAGGAGUGGACUUGUGUCUAUGAAUUCCAGGAAGGAGCCCCGCUGCGCCCCGUGUCGCCGCGCUGCUCCCUGCGCCUGACGCACUGCAUCGAGGAGGCCAACGUGGGCCGGGGCUACAUCAAGGAGCUCUGCUUCAGCCCCGACGGCCGCAUGAUCUCGUCCCCGCACGGCUUCGGCAUCCGCCUGCUGGGCUUCGACGCGCACUGCAGCGAGCUGGUGGACUGCCUGCCGCGGGAGGCCAGCCCCCUGCGCGAGAUCCGCUCGCUCUACUCCCACAACGACGUGGUGCUCACCACCAAGUUCUCCCCCACGCACUGUCAGAUCGCCUCGGGGUGCCUUAGCGGGCGCGUCUCCCUCUACCAGCCAAAGUUCUAGCGCGGCGGCCGGGCGUUUCUGCAGCCCAGUGGAAGUGUGCUCUCUGCAAACCCUCUGAGCCCACGGCCCCGCCAGCAGAGCUCUGCUCCUGCUGGUCCCUGCUGUGUUUGUGCCCUGGGACUUGAUUGUUUCCUUCAGCACAGCUCCAGCCGGCUCUUUGGAGCAGGGGCGGGGUGCCCAGCUGCCUCCUGUGCCACAGCAGCUGGACUGCCACACCUCUGCUUCCUCUUCUGUCGCUGAAGCAACUCUGUGGUGAUCACUAGAUAAUGGACUGCUUGUCUGUGUAAGCAACACGGUUAGUUACCAAAAACAAAGUACCAGAAAAAAAAAAAAAAAGGAAAGAGGAAUUUUACUUUCAUUUCCAUGUUAAUGCGGUUGCAGUGUGGCUUAGGCUGGCAGGGACCACUGGAGGUCACCCAGGCCCAUCCCUGCACAGGCAGGCUCCCCUUGAGCCACCACCCAGCACUAGGGAGGACCCUGGCCCAGAGCAUCUCUCUGGGUUCGUGCACCAGGGCAGCUCUGGCCCCUCCUCUGCCAGGUGUCUCUUGCAGGGGGCUGUCAGUGUCUGAAUCAUGGUGGCUUUUUGCUGAUGUUUGGGUAUUUCCCACUUGGCUGUUUUUCCACACACACACCUGGCCUGCACUCUGCCUGUGGGGGAAAUUAAUUUGGAUGUGUCCCUAAUAUCGCCAGGUGAGCCUUUCUUCACAUGUGCUGUCAGUUUGGGAGGGGAUUAAAAGCAAACCUGUCACCAGUGGGAUCUGCCUGGAUCUAACCAGGCUUAUCAUCAGGUGUGGAGCACUGUGAUGAUCACCCUGGUGACAGGGUCUGCAGGGGAAGCUGUAUGAGCAGCAGCUGAGAUCUCUUGGUUUGUUCAGCCUGGAGUAGUCUGAGAUGAGAUCUCCUGGUGCUCCUGAACAUCCUCCUGUGGGGCAGUGGAGGGGCAGGUACCGAUCUCUUCGGCUCUGGGACAGGGACAGGAGCAGGGCAGGCUGGGGCUGGCACAGGGGAAUUGGGGCUGCAGAUCAGGGAAGGUUCUGCUUGCCCCAGAGGCUGCUGGCACUGCCCAGGCUGCCCAGGGAAUGCCAGAGCUCCAGGAGAGCUUGGACAGCACUCCAGGGAUGCCAGGUGGGGCUGUUGGGGUCUGUGCAGGGCAGGGGUGGCACUGCCUGAUCCUGGGGGUCCCUCCCAGCUCAGGGGAUUCUGUGGUCACACCCAGAGUAUGAAUGCCAGAUUUCAGCCCUUGAGUUACAGAACUAACCUUGUAAAUGCACAGGUAUUGUACAUCCAUAUCAGUUCAUAACAUUCUCAUCACUUAUAUGUCCCAAGAUGAGGGAUUUUAGUAUUUCACUGAAGUUUUGCAGACUAGUCACACACUCAGUUCAGCAGGGAACUUUACCUGAAAGGACUGUCACCUGCUGGUGUUCAGGUACACUGGCUCAGCAGAGCACACUCGUUCAAAGCUGACUCUUACAAAGCCUUUUGCAAAACGUAUUUGGGGAUAAAGACAACAUUUAUGGACGUGAGAGAGCUGGAAAGGUAAGCCUGAGGACCCUCCUGUAGCUUUGUAUUUGUGUGGGUAGUAUACCCUGGUAUUGGUGCAGAAAUCAUUGAAACUUAGGCCUCCUCUGCAUUAUGAGAGAAGAAAAUCCCAAGUUUCCUCCUGGAGAAUUUAUUUGGUAGUAAGAAGCCUUCGGUUUUGUGUGUUAGGUAAUCUGAGGGCAAACAUCCCUUCUGCUGGCCUGAGCCUGCACGUGGGGCAGGUGGGUCUGCUGGGUUGUGGGAGCACUCAGGGCACCUCCUGGCUGUGGUUCAUCACCUGGGAGUGCAGUGUGCAGGAAACCUGGGGACAAGCGUGGCCUGCAGGAUUUUUAUGCAAAGGAAGAGCUACAAGGAGUUGGUAUGGGCCAAGCUGUUUGGGGAAAAAAAAAAACCCAGGUCCUGCCCAGGACCACAGCAGCUUUUCCCCAAGCACUGGCUGUCCCACUGCCAGGCUACUGUUUCCUCAGCUUAUUUAAUGUUUUAUUACACAUCAUGGAAGGGACUACAGGGACAUUUGAGAGAACCUUGGCGUUCUCACGGGCUUGCACAUGUUUGUGUUGGAGGUGAAGGAGCACCCAUGGGACCGGGGUGGUGCCUGGGUGGGCCUGUGUGUGUUUCCAAGGCUGCUUUUGUUUUCCUGUCAGCACCUCCUCAGACUGGUGGAUCCCUGGUGACUGUAACGCUAUGCCUGUGAAUAUGCACUGAGUGUUACCUUUUUAAUUCUACCUCAUGAUACGCUGUGUUUUACACCAGUAUUGUGCUGAGCUUUGGACACUCACCUUUCUGUACAGAGGACCAUGACCCCCAAGUGACAGAUGUGUGACAGAUGUGUGACAGAUGUGUCACUGCUCCUUGGUAGCACCUGUGGGUGGCCCUGCCUGGCUCCGGGACCGGCAGCUCACCUGGUGGAGGGGUUUGGUCACCUUGAUGCUUUUGUAGCGUGUCCAGCAGAUGCAUAAAAUGACAGAAUCUGUACAUGUAUGCUGUAGAAAUGUUACUUAGUUUUUCUGAUGACAUUUGUAAUAAGUUUGAAUUAGAGUAAGUAGGUAGUCUUAGAUUUUGGUCAUUCGAUUGAUUGCUCCUUUUCAACAAAAACCUGGAGGCUCUCCAUGAAGGUUUUGCCAUGUUUUACCUGUGAAGUUCACUUCUCAGUGGCUUACAGCUGACACGCCUCACGGUCAUGUGGUGGUGCAAGUGUUUUCAGUUCUCUCUCAGUAGCAUUCCUGAAACAACGACAUUAUGCGUAGCUGAGCUUUGGGUUAUUUCUAGGUAGUCAAACAAAAAAGCUUAUCUUCUAGCUGUGUUUCAAAAGUCUCGACCUCGAGAAGUGUAUAAAACUGUGAAACAACUGCAAGGAAACAUUUCCAAGGGAGAUGAAGGGCGGGGGCGGCUGUGCCCUGGGUGAAUUCCACGGCGUUUGGCGGCGCCGGAGCUCGGUGCGCGGUGGCUGCUCCCGGUGUGCCCGGUGUGCCCGGUGUGCCCGCGGAGCCGGGGCGGUGCCGGGGCCGGUUCUCCCCAGCCCGGUGUGCCCGCGGAGCCGGGGCAGUGUCAGGGCCGGUUCUCCCCGGCCCGGUGUGCCCGGUGUGCCCGCGGAGCCGCGGCGGUGUCGGGGCCGGUUCUCCCCGGCCCGCUGUGCCCGGGUCACGCAGGGACGGCACCGCCACACCAUGGGGAUAAAGGAAAAGCACAGCGGUGCCGACACACACACACACACACAGAGGAUUGUUUGCACUCGUGGAAUCUCGGGGUAAGGACAGCUGGAUGCCUACUACCAGAAUUAGAAUGUAAACAUCAGUUUUUUUCGGGGGGCGGGGAGGGCUCUCGGUUAAUUGUGUGGGGUUUGGUUUUGUUUGUUUGUUUGUGUUGUGAUUUUAAUUUGGGUAGCACUGAUGUGGAGAAGGUUCUGACAUCGUAAUGCAUGGGUCUGUUGCUCUAGGACAUAUAAACUCCUAGGAAAAAGAAAUACACUUGCCAAAUGAAAGCUUUCAAAACAUUUAGUUUACAAGAUUGUAACAGUUGGACAGAAAGGAAGAAGUCAACGACCCAUCUUGUUUUUAACCUGCAGGAAACAGAAACUUCUCAUUGGCUGAUCUUAGUCAAAGGUGCAUUUUCUAAAGCACUAAUAUCCUCAGUAAGUAUAAGGUUUUUAAUACAGAAACAAAUUGUGCAUGUAGAGUAUUUUGAAAUACCUGAGAUUUCAUAGUAAAGACUGUAGCCUUUUAAUACCGUAUAUGAAGUAUCAGAACUGCUUUGGAAGUAUUGUACUUACAGCCGUACAGUAACUUACUGUUUGUGGACAGUUUCUCUUGCUUGCAUAAUAAACAUUUAAUAAUUCACUGAA